AUGGCUGAUAUAUUUCCGGCUGGCGAGCGGGAAGACCCUCCGCCACAGCAGUCGUCCAGUAACGGCUCAACGAGCACAAACGACGAUCUUUUGUUUUCUUUUCUUCGCGAUAUGCAACAAGACAUGCAAUUUACGCAUAAAUUGUUGGCACAAAUGCUUACGCAAGGCAACGCAAGCUCAUCUCAAGGAGAUGAAAAUUUUGGCGGGAAACGCAAAGCCACGAUGCUUGAGGACGACGGUCAGGCUAACACUAAAAAACGUAGUAAGAAUACUCACUCAGCUUCAGAGAAAGCACCAAAAGACGCUUCAGAGAAAGCAAUAGAUAACGCUUCAGAGAAAGCACAAGAAGUCUUUUCAGACGAUGAAGUGCAUGAUCGGACUCAAGAUGAGUCGAACAUAAAUGAGGACGACAGAUUAAGCGUCCAUGCGGGAGAAGAUGAUCAAAUUGAUCAAGCUGAACUAGUUUUCGAUGAGCGUGAGGAGGAUGAAGAUCUUCUAGCGGUUAUCAAUGAGUCUUUAAACCCUUCCGAUGAAACUGGGGCCCCUGUUUCAGAGCGCUUGGCCAAACUGGUGAAUGAAAAAUUCACACUUGAGUUUGAUUUACAGAAACGUAAAUCCAUAAUGGAGAACUAUAGGACUCCUAAGAAUUGUGCCCAAUUUCUUUCCCCCCGGGUAAACCCUGAGAUUUGGGGGAGAUUACAAAGUUCUGUCAAGAGAACAGAUAUCAAAUCAUCUGUGUUGCAAGAUAUCUUGCUAAGUGUAUCCUCUGCUAUAAUAAAUACAAUGGAGGCUUUGCUUGACAGCAGAGAAAAGAAAGCCUUGCCAAAUUAUAAGGCACUUUUGUCAAAUUUGACAGAUUCUAUUGCCCUCCUAGGGCAUGUGCACAGAGAGAUGUCGUUUAAUCGUAGAGAUUAUUUCCGGUCUCACCUAAAUCCUGAAUUUCGGCAAGCAUGCUCCCAGGUUGUUAAGCCCACUGGUUCUUAUUUGGGGAUGAUCUAUCCAAGACCAUCCAAGAUAUCCGAACCACAAACAAAGUUGUUAAUACUGUGUCCCAGGGAACUCCUUACUAUCGUGAGUCAUUCCGCUUCCAGAGCCCCCAACCAUAUCAGACAACAGCCUGUAAACCUUUUUUAUGGCAAAGGGGGAGGGGGACAUACCCACACAGGAACAACUUCCGCCAAGGUUUUCGUCAACCACAGCCGUCCUCAGCCCCUCUCAAAAAGAAAGUUAUGA